CAGUCGUCAACUACUCGAACAGACAUAGAACAGACCCCAUAAGUAUAGCAAACAAAAAUGGAUUGCAACAAUAACAAUAAGGCUCCGCAUUUAUCCAUUCCGGUGAUGCAGGGUGCGGGUUCGCACUUGACAACCACCGAGAGCGCCGUCCAAGUUGCUCUCCACAACCUGGUCGUAAUGGAUGAGAGCGUGGAGGGAACAGUGCUGGGUGUUUUGCUCUCGGCGGAGAAGAAGUAUCGCCUCACCUUCGAUACUUUCAAGAAGGAGAUGGAGCUGCAGGCGAUAGCGGCCUCGACGCUGUGGGAGCUCAUCCAGCGGUACAAGAUCGCCAUGGAGGUGGACGCGGACUGCAAGUGCACGCAGCUGUAUGCCGUGGAGCCGAAGGAGGAAACCAUCCAGAAGUACUACAUACACUACCAGGUCAUCGUCAGCUCCAACAAGAGCCUGUGGCGGCAAAUUGAAUCCUUGCGUUCGUAUGUCCUGGCCUUCAGGCGCGAGUGCAAGAAUCUGAAUCUCGAGGAGCAGACGCCCUUCAUCCAGGGCGAUGCCUUUCACAAGCCCAUCAAGUUCUUCAUCGAGCUGGUGGACGAGUUGUUCAACUAUUUUUUCAGCUUGCAUCUGAAGCUGGACUGCGCCGCCCGCCAACUGGAUCCCAUGGAUCUGGAGAGCCUGGAAGAGUACCAGAAGCUACUGAAACCCAACGAGGACUUUGAGGAGUACUUCUUGUACAAUCUCAGCUACUGCCAGUGUCUCCGCAUGCCGCCCAAGUGUCCGGAGACCCGUGUGUACACCAACAUCGAGAAUGCAGCCAUGAAAAAGGAGGCCAUGGAACAAGCAAAGCGCGCACGUUGUGACCAACGAGUGAACAGGAUGACACUCAGGGCCUCUCAGAUGAGAGAGUCCGCGGAAAACCCUCCGUCGGUUACCCAGGACACUGAGUUGGCCCCCAAUCCCGACGCUCCACCAGAGUCUGGCAACGCGACGUCCGAUCCCCUGAGUGCCAAGUUCGAGAGGCAGUUGAUCAGCGAGCGUCACACUCGCCAACUGGUCAAUCAAGUGCAUAAUGCCCUCAGUCAAUCCUAAAACCUGACAACGCCACUCAUUAACAUAUUUCUGUAUAAGGAGUAUGGGCUGGCCAACAACAAUCACACUCUAACCCUUAACACUGUAACCUUUCGGGGGACACACUCCACCCACUCCUCGUUGCACCUAACUAAUAUGUUCUGUUGUUGCAAAGCCCCAAAGGUCAGGGGGCGAACACUUUACUCUAGAAGGUGGUUCAAUGAGUUUCAUUAAAUUGUUUGU